UGUAUGAGUGGCUGCGUAUGUCGCCUCCUUUCCUCCACUAGUUUACUUCAUUUCCCACCACUGCUCACCUCCAGCGCCGGCAGCAGAAUGGCAGCGGCGGCCCCCAACCCGGAGGACUCCGCCAGGAGCGGCGGCAGCGGCGGCACCGGCACACCCAGCGCCCUUGCUGCUGACGGGGACGCGGAAGAGACCGAGGACUUCACCUCCUCCUCCCACUGCUCGGAGCUGUCUCGGCGGCAGAACGAGCAGAGGAAGCAGGGCUUGUUCUGCGACGUGACGCUGGCCUUCAGCAGCGGGGUGGCUAACGGAAGCGUCCAGAGCUGCGAGUUUUCAGCCCACAGGUCCGUCCUGGCCGCGGCCACCGAUUAUUUCACCCCCCUGCUGGGUGGACAGUUCUCCGAGUCCUUGUCCGGACGGGUGGAGAUGAAGGAAUGGAGCUCGGAACUGGGGCCGGACCCGGAUACGGUGGAGAGUGUCAUCCAGUAUAUGUACACUGGAGAAAUACGCGUUAGCACCUGCAAUGUGCAUGAAGUGCUGGAGCUAGCUGAUAGGUUUCUCCUGCUGCAGCUAAAGGACUUCUGUGGUGAGUUCCUGAAGAAGAAGCUGAGCCUGACCAACUGUGUGGCGGUGCACAGUCUAGCCCACAUGUACACCUUGGACCAGCUGGCUCUACGGGCUGCAGACAUGAUCCGCCGCAACUUUCACAAGGUUAUCCAGGAUGACGAGUUCUACACGCUGCCCUUUCACCUGGUCCGCGACUGGCUGUCGGAUGCAGAGAUCACAGUGGAUUCCGAGGAGGUGCUAUUUGAGGCUGUGGUGAAGUGGGUGCAGAAGAACUCAGAGGAGCGAAGCCGCUACUUUGAGGAGCUGUUCCGUCUCCUGAGGCUGCCCCAGAUCAAGCCCACCUACCUGACCAGGGUGGUGAAAAAUGAGCAGCUGGUGGCCGCCAAUGAGGCCUGUCUCCGGCUGGUCUCAGAGGCAGUAGAGGGCCACGCUAUCCGCUUUGAGAACCUCAAGUCAGCUGACAUGGAGUUCUGGUCAUCACAUAUGGCCUCCUUUCAGCCUCGCUUUGGCCAGAACAUGGAUGUUAUUAUGGUUGUAGGUGGUGUGUCAGAGGGAGGGGACUACCUGAGUGAGUGUGUGGGCUACUUCAUUUACGAGGACCGUUGGGUCAACCUGCCGCAUAUCCACAACCACCUGGACGGCCAUGCCAUCGCUGCCACAGAGUCCCAUGUCUACGUAGCCGGUUCUAUGGAACCAGGCUUCGCUAAGACGGUGGAACGUUACAAUCCCAACCGCAACACCUGGGAGCAGGUGAGCAACCUGACCACACGUAAGCACUCCUUUGGCCUCACCUGCAUUAAGGAUAUACUGUACAGCAUCGGUGGCCAUGGAAACUUCAGUCCAGGUUUCAAAGAUGUCAGCGUAUACGAGCCCGAGCCGGACAAGUGGCACAAUCUGGAAUCAGCGCCCAAAAUCCUGCGGGAUGUGAAGGCAGUGAGUGUGGAGGACCGCUAUGUGUACGUCACGGCACGCACACCUGUCGAUACAGAUAAUGAGGAUGGACUGAAGACGGUGACCACUCGCUAUGACACAGAGAGCCGCCAGUGGCAAGAUGUCGACUCCCUGCCCCUGAUUGACAACUAUUGCAUCUUCCAGAUGGCUGUGGCCUCCACUAACUUCUACCACACUGCGUCCUGCUGCCCCAAGAGCUACACAGUGAGGGAUGAGGUUGCUAAGCAGAAGAUCAGUGUGCGCAUCUCUGAUGAGAUCUUGGAGAGCCUGCCACCAGAAGUUACCAGCAUCGAGGGUGCUGCCAUCUGCCACUUCGAUGAGGACGUCUUCAUCAUCGGAGGAUGGAAGAACAGCGACGAUGUGGACAAGCAGUACCGUAAGGAGGCCUACCGCUACUGCGCUGAAAGGAAGCGCUGGAUGCUGCUGCCGCCCAUGCCACAGCCCCGCUGCCGAGCCACCGCCUGCCACGUCCGCAUCCCCUACCGUUUCCUGUAUGGCUGCCAGCGCUACCCCAUGCCCCAGAACCUGGCCCGCCAGCGAGAUCGCAUGCAGCAAAUGCAGCAGCUUCACCGGCGCACGCUCACACUGCGCCGGCAGCUCCAGUCGCAGAUAGAGUGCUGAGCAAGUCGGCUCCAUCCAAGAACUACACUACACGCUCUGUGCGAGGAUACACUGCAAGCCACUGUUCCAUUGCAGCCAUCGUCAUCGACCCCCACUCAUACAUAACAUGCUGCAGCGGGUCCUGUGUUGUUCUCAUACUGGAUUUCAUUGAACUGAACCCUGUGCCAUCGGCUCUCAUGCUGUGUUGUAUUAAUGGCAGAUUUGUAGACAGCCAUGGAAUGUGUAAGCAGGUGUGUACUGAUGAGCUGGUGGUCUGUGAGGAGGGAUAUGGCGGAUGUAAACAUGUGAAUAAGAGUGUUAUAUAGCAGCCAACAACUGAAUAUCCUUAUGUCAAGUAUGUUGGUGUAGAUGCUGUUUAUCUGUUUGUACAUAAAUAGUAUAAAGCUGUAUAUGUAAACAUUUAUAUGGAUAAUUUAAAUUCCUUUAUGUAUGCCCGGAAAGGGAAGACUAUGUGACAUUAUUAAUAACUGCAUUCCUACAUUCAAUCCAACUCGCUUAAUGAAGUCUCAUUCCAUUGUAACACUGUGACAAUCUCCUCAUGAAAGCAUAACAUCAGUUCACUCAUGAAGAACUUAUAUCAUAAUUGCUCUAUUAGAAUGGCUCUCCUUGUUGGCUGUUAAUCUUAAAAUCUUGUAGACUAGUUUGCUUUUAGAUUGCAGUUUCCCUUCAACAGUUGUAGCCAGUAUAUUUCUGUCAUCUUUGUUGCCUCAUUUAACACUUGAAAACUUGUGAAAACGAAUGAUCUUUGUCCAGGUUUGUGAAGUGGUGAAAUCCAGAGAGAGCUGUCGUGUCAAAAAGAUGCGAUCUUAUGUGAUGAAAUCAUUCCUUUGGAGUUCAAAGCAUUCUGUUCAGCCACUGCAAUAAGCACCAAUCAUUAGCAGUGGCUCAAUCAUUCCUUUCUUUUGCACUUUGGCAGCCUGUUGCUCAGUGGAUUCCCAUUCAUUCAGAAAUACAUAGAAAAUGUGUUCUGUAUAUGUGUGAGUGCGGGAGUGUGGAUGAGUUGUGUUUGCAGGGCAGAGCUUCUCUACAACUGCACUUUUUAAUAUCUACUUGUAAAGUCUUACAUAAACAUCAGGAUUUAAUUUGCCACUGCACUUUGACUUUGCUUCUGUCAUUUGUUUCAUAUCAGACAGGGUGAUUGUAUUAUGGAAAUGCUUUGUUUUGGCCAGUUUCCAUUCAUUAAGAUUUGAUCUUCCUUGAAAAGAAAAAAAAACAUGUUAUCAUUAUUUGUGGAUUUGUUUCCAACAUUAAAUGUCUUGUAAACCUUG